GAGCGUAAUCUCAAGUAGUCCACUCCCUCCACCAAAUGACACAUAUCCAAAAUCAAGUCAAACCCUCCAAACCAAACCCAUUCAUUACCAUAUACAAAAGCAGUUAAACUACCUCUUUUUCUUCCUUGGAUUGAGAAAUGAGAGCGCUGAGACAUUUACCUACCCCAUUGAAAGAACCGUUUCAACUCCCGCCAUGUUCUGCUCCCACUCAACCACACCUUAAACACAAAAAAACCUUAAAUUCAAUUCACUUCACCACCAAAACAUCCUAAUUUGAUCACUGAGAGUUUUGCUGUCCGAAUUAACAUGAGGAGAUCAUCAUUAGCAGUUCAUUCGUCGUCGAUGGCAAUGGCGGAGAAGAUUUGUUGCUACUGUGCUGUGUUGAUGGCGCUGCUGCUGGUGCUGAGCUGCUGCGAGUCAAGUGAAGAGGAGUUUGUGGGUGGGGUGCAGGGGAGGAUGGCGAUGAAGAAACCGUGCGAAGAGAUCUAUGUGGUUCGAGAAGGAGAGACUCUGCAGAGUAUCAGUGAGAAGUGCGGGGAUCCUUUCAUCGUUGAAGAGAAUCCCCAUAUCCAUGAUCCAGAUGAUGUUUUUCCGGGGCUGGUUAUCAAGAUUACUCCUUUCAACAACAGGUAGAGUAGUGGUUCCGUUUUCUUCAAGUUUGGUUGUACUAGAGAGGAAGUACUGUAAGAUUGAACUUAUGAGUAUCUUGGCCGGUCAUUAGAAAUGUGUGUUUUUUUUUUAAAAUCCGGAUUACAACUUCGUUUGGUCAGGUUUAUAAAAGUAUUAAAAUACU